UGGUGGAGGAGGAGUGGGUAGACAGCAGCCGCCGCCGCAGCCCUCCCUGUCCCUGCGGGGCGGCGUCAGCAUGCGCUGCUCCACCCUCCUCGGUAUCCUGACGGGGGUGCUGCUGUACCUGGUGCUGGGGGCCGUGGUGUUCCGCACCCUGGAGGCCCCCCAGGAGGAAGGCCAGCACAUCCACCUGCAGGACACACGCCGCGACUUCCUCUUCAACUUCACCUGCGUCAGCCCCGACAGCCUGCAGGCGCUCAUCGAGGAGGUUGCCGAUGCGGUGGGCGCCGGUGUGGACACCAGUAUCAACGCCAGCAGCUUCACCAGCCAGUGGGACCUGGCCAGCGCAUUCUUCUUCUCCGGAACCAUCAUCACGACCAUUGGGUUUGGGAACAUCUCCCCCAAGACGGAGGGCGGCCAGCUGUUCUGUAUCUGCUACGCGCUGGUUGGCAUUCCCAUGUUUGGUUUCCUGCUGGUGGGCGUGGGCGAUCACCUCGGUACGGGUCUGAGGAAGGUCAUUCUCAAAAUAGAGACUCUCUUCUUGAAGUGGCGCGUCAGCCCCACCAUCGUGAGGGUCAUCUCCGCCGUGCUGUCCAUCCUGCUGGGUGUGGUGCUCUUCGUGGCCGUGCCCAUCUUCGUGUUCCAGGAGGUGGAGGGAUGGACUCUCCUGGAGUCGGCCUACUUCGUGGUCAUCACCUUGACCACGGUCGGCUUCGGCGACUACGUGGCCGGGGACUCUGGGGUGGAGGGCAGUGACACCUGGUACAAGCCCCUAGUGUGGUUCUGGAUCCUGGUCGGCCUGGCCUACUUCGCCUCCAUCCUCACCAUGAUCGGGAACUGGCUCCGGGUGCUGUCCAAGAAGACCCGGGCAGAGAUGGAGGAGCUGCGGGCCCACGCCUCCAACCUGACGCAGAACAUCCAGAACAUGUCCGUGGACUUCCGCAUCCCGGGCAAGGGGCUGGAGGACCCCUUCAAGCGCCACCGCAAGAAGCGCCGCCGCGGAGGGAAGGGGGGCCACAGCACCUCGGCCAACGGGGCCCCGGGGGGCCCGGGGGGCCCGGACGCCCAGGGCCCCGACGGGUCUGGCUCGGGGUCGGAGUCCGGCUCCGGGUCCUCCUCGUCCUACACAUCCAACGAGUCCGAGUCGGGCUCGGGCUCGGGGUCGGACGCGGACGCGGCGUCCCAAGCCACGCAGACGGACCACGUGGCCGACGCCCGCGACGCCGAGCCGGAGCAGAGCUUCCCCGACGCGCUCUUCUCCCAGCCGCUGGACUACUUCGGGGAGAACCUGGCCUUCAUCGACGAGUCCUCCGACGCGCAGAGCGGGAAGCUGCACCUGGACCCCCUGCUGGACCCCGCCCUGCCCGAGAAGAGGGGCCGGUCCCGCCAGCCCAAGAGACGGCGCCCGAGGAGACCGGCUCCCCAGGGGAGGAGGGGCAGCGCCAGGACCUCCCCGCCCAGCUCCGACCAGAGGCCCGACGGGGGGCCGCCGCGCCCGCCGGGGACGCAGGUCCCCUGUUGAGGCGGAGGCGUCCGAUGGCCGUCCCCGCGCCGCGGGUCGACCCCGAGGUCGUUGGAGGGGGGACCUGGGAGCCAUUUGACCCUGAAGCCUCUGUCCGACAGGAGGUCAUCCACCCAGAACCGACUCCUCAGAAGCCAUCUUGAAGAAAGCCAUCCAGAAUCCCAGGAACUGGAACCCUUCAUCCCUAGAAACCAAAACACUUGAUUGAUGAUUUGGCGCAAGCAUGAACCUAUAUGUGCCUGCUGAAAGAUGAGGAGGGUCCGACCUCCUCCUUAAUGUUGUGUUCUGGCCUGAUGUUGCACUAGCCUUCUCUACACUUCACUCACUAUAGUCAACGUUAAACGAGUUCAUAUCACGGGGAGAAUGCUUACGUGUGCACACUUACAAAAGAAGAGGAGAAACGCAUGGUUCGCUUUAUAGCCUUCAAUCAGCCAUAAAACCACUCCCGCGGUUUACACGGGAACACAACUUUCCAUAAAUACUCAACCAUCGCCAAAAAUAGCUACUUUUUAUAAUCAUAUUCUGUUUCAGCACCAGACUUUCUGACUAGGGUGAACUUGCUGAAUAACACAACGUGCCUGCAAAAAAACAGCAAAUAAAUAUUUUGUUCACAGUU